AUGCUGAGAGAUGGAAAACUUUAUAAGAAAGGCCCUGAAAAUGAUUUACUCCUGAGAUGUCUGAGUCAAAUAGAAAAUGAGGUGGCUCAUCAGAAGCCAUGGCCUAUCAAAGGAUGGGCUAUGGAUCUCAUUGGGAAGAUCUUCCCAUCUUCUAACGAAGGACGUCAUUUUGUCAUAGUAGCCACAGUCUACUUAACACAGUGGGCGCAAGCCCUUCCACUCAAAUUCGUGACUCAACAAGACAUGAUAAAGGUCAUCAAGGAUAGCAUUAUUCAUAGAUUUAGUCUACCCCAACACAUUAUGGCAGAUCGAGGCACAAUUUUUGUUGGAGAGGGCAAUGGCCAAGCAGAGUCUACUAACAAAGUUUUAAGGAACAUUAUUGAUAGAAUGGUGGAGAAUAGGCCAAGGGCUUGGCAUAAAGCUCUUUGGGCCUAUAGGACAUCAAAACGGACGGCAACAAGAGCUACACCUUUUAUGAUGACUUAUGGGCAGGAUGCAGUUCUUCCUAUGGAGAUGGAAAUUAGAUCAACAAGGAAGCAGAAGGUCAUGAAGGCUUACAAUAGGAUAGUACGAGAAAAGACAGUUGUUGUUGCUGAUUUGGUUUGGAAAGUUAUUCUUCCUAUUGGUCAAAGAGACUCAACAUAUGACAAAUGGUCACCAUUCUGGGAAGGACCCUAUCAGGUGACGGAGGUGAAGAAAUGA